GGCAACCGCCGCCGCCUUCCCAGCCUGCCUCAGCGCUCCUUUCCGCCGCCGGCGGCCGUCCCCGGCGCCAUCUUGUGCCUGGGCGAGCUGCGCAGCCCGGCGGGCCGACAUGGAGACAGAUGAUACAGGGAACCGACUUCGGUUCCAGCUGGAGUUAGAGUUUGUUCAAUGUCUGGCAAAUCCGAAUUACCUCAACUUUCUUGCACAAAGAGGCUACUUCAAAGAUAAAGCUUUUGUAAAUUAUCUUAAAUACUUACUUUAUUGGAAAGAACCUGAAUAUGCGAAGUAUCUGAAGUAUCCUCAGUGUUUGCAUAUGUUAGAGCUGCUCCAAUAUGAACAUUUCCGCAAAGAACUGGUAAAUGCUCAGUGUGCUAAAUUUAUUGAUGAGCAACAGAUUCUUCACUGGCAGCACUAUUCACGGAAAAGAAUGCGCCUCCAGCAAGCACUUGCAGAGCAGCAGCAGCAAAACAACACCUCUGUAAAAUGAAAAACGCUUGGCGGAGGGAUGAUAAGGCGUACUUUGCGUCAGCUGAAGUAUUUACAAGAGAGGAGUAUUUACAACCUUUUGUAGGUUUGGCUCUGUGUGUGUGUACAUUUAAUUUUUGAUUUAUCAAGUGACUUUUCUUUCAACUUUUUUAAAGAUACAAGACUGAUAAACACCUCCUUCAGCAA